AUGACACUAUUACGUGUGUUGUGUUUACAUGGAUACCGACAAAAUGGAACUUUAUUUCGAGAAAAAACAGGAUCAUUUAGAAAAUUAUUAAAAAAACACGUUGCUGAAUUCGUUUAUAUUGAUGCGCCACAUCUUAUUCCAGCACAAGAGAAUACGAACGAACAAGAUACUAGCGUGACAGCAUCAAAUCGUUCAAAUGAAAGGGGUUGGUGGUUUUCUUCGUGUGAACAAACUUAUGAUCCAUUAGUAACAACAUCAUGUGAUCGAGGCUUUGAAGAAUCUGUAGAAUAUGUAAUGAAAUAUAUUGAUGAGCAAACAACACCUUUCGAUGGCCUAUUAGCUUUUUCGCAAGGUGCUGCUUUGGCUACAUUACUUCUUGCUCGUUUUGGCGCAACAAAAUGUCCAUUUCGAUUUGUUAUAUUAAUUGCUGGCUUUAAAAGUGGCCAAGAACAACAUCAAUCAACGUAUAAUAAUCUUCAGAUAGAUUUACCUAGUUUGCAUGUGAUUGGAACAGGCGAUCGUGUUAUUCCUUCUCCUAUGUCAGAAGCACUAGUGAAUGAAUGUUAUAAAGAUGCUGAAAUAUUACGGCAUGACGGUGGGCAUUUUGUUCCUACGACAUCUGAAGCUAAAUUGAUCUAUACAAAAUUUCUUGACCGUUUUUUAUAA